UUCGCAGUCACUGGCUCUGCUAGAGCUGGCAAGUCGUCCUUCAUCAAUGCCGUCCGUGGCUUGUCCAGAAAUCAUCUCAUGGCCGCUCCUACGGGAAUCAUUGAGACCACUAGCACCGUCGGGAGCUACCCUGACCCGUGCCCGAACUCCCGGAUGAUUUGGUAUGACGUUCACGGAUCAGGCACUCCAAAGGUGUCUGAUUGGAAGUACUUCAAAGACAUGGGCCUCUAA